UUGAGCGCUCCUCCUGGUUUGAGUUUGGCGCUAUAAAGACACUCAACCAUGAUAAUAUCAUUAGUUCUAAUGGGGAAGUCUCGCUUUCACUGGCUCUGCUUCCCUUUUCUGAGACUGACGGGCAGCUUUCGGAGGUGUCCUCCUUCCAAAAGGAGUUUGAUCAUUGGGAUCGUUUGUGUUAUCUAUUUGUUUUUUGUAGUUUCACAGUUUGGAUACUCGCUGCAGAGCCAGGACAGGAGGACUGAUAAAGACAAGUACAGACACACCCGUGGAUUGUAUAAUUUAGAAACUAGUGAUGCGCUACCAGACUCUGUCCCCACGCGCUCUAACGUGGUGUACAUAACUCUGAAGACAAAGCGCCUGAAACCAGCAAAUAUUCGUGGGACUAUCAGACCAAAACUGAGGAAGAAAGUGAGGAGGAAUAUCACGGCUGGCUCAGCUUUUACGCAGAACAAACUCGCCACUUUGGAGCAGGACGCGGGCCAAAUCAAUCUCAACUUUGAAAGCAACACUUCCUUGGGGGAGAUCAGGGAUGUUAAUUAUAAAACUUUGGAUUUAUUCCAUAAAUCUCACAUAGAUGAGCAAACAGACUCUCACAUUAGUUCUAUCCGAAUUUACAGCCAGAGGGCACCGCCAUGGCUCAGCACACAGGACGUGAAAGCCAUGCGCUUUCUCGCGGAUUCCAAAGUUUUGCGCGUCAAAGAAGUUUUUCACGGAGACUCUCCGUCACUCCUAAUAUUUCAGGGAGAGACUGGUGUAUCAGUGACCGACCAAAGGAACACAGAAAGAAACGAUGCGUGUGGAGGCCGGUGUGGGAUAAUUAACAGUCCUGUGGACAACACGGAGGUCUUCGCUUUCCACCUGGACAGGGUGCUUGGACUCAACAGGACGUUACCAGCAGUGAGCAGGAUGUUCAGCUUUUUACACGAUGGCCAGCCCUGUCCAGUGAUCUCAUGGGAUGCGUCUCUCUACCCAGAAGGCCUUGCUGCAGGCUCAUCCACCGUGAGGUUAACAUGGGGCGAGUACCAGAGCUCUCUGAAACAGAGGUGCUGGCUUAAAAACAUUAGCCCUAAGCCUGACUCCGGCUGCUCCACAGUUCAUCACUUUGAGUGGAGUAAAAUGGCUCUGUUUGACUUCCUGUUGCAGAUUCACAGCCGCCUGGAUCAGAGCUGCUGUGGAUUCAGGCCCAGGUUAGAGGAUCUGUGUGUGGAACUUGGACACCACGGUAGAUGUGUUGACCAGAACCACAUACAACUGGCGAACAUCGUUCACCGAGGUCACGACCCCAGACACCUGGUCUUCACCAACAACAAAGGAUUCUUCGACCGCAAUGAGGACAACCUGGACUUUCGGCUUCUGGAGGGAAUUAAAGAGCUCCCAGAGCAGGUUGUGUCAGUGCUGAGGAGCAGGAAGCUGAGGGAGAAGCUCCUCCAGUCUCUGUUCCUGGAUCAGACGUAUUGGGAGAGCCAGGGCGGCCGGCAGGGCAUUGACAAGCUCAUCGAUGUCAUCGAGAGGCGGGUCAAGGUGCUCCUGACCUACAUCAACGCGCACGGGGUCAAAGUCAUCACAAUGAAUGCGUGAUGAGACUGACAUCAAUGUAAUUGAUGAAAUUACUGAAAUAUCUGAAGCAAAUGACAAUUUGUGAAUUCACUGUGUCCUUUCUGACUGGCCUUUUAAAGCACACUGGAGCUUUGUCCACUCACAGUUUCUACAAGGAUCUGGAAUAAAAACAAACAUAUGAGAUUAUGCUUCAGAGUUAAAUGUAAUCCAGUGUGUGCCAAUUCUCAAAUUAUAUCACAGGAGCAUGAGAGCAUAUGCUGUCAGAAACUCAGAGUGAUUUCACAGAGAAAUACUGGAACAAUGAAGAUUAGUCAGUCAUAAUUUAUUUUUUCUUUAUACAUUUUUAAAAAAUAUAUCUAUUAAAAGGUUAAUGAAGGACAUGUACAAUUUACACAAUUAUUCCAAAUGUGUUGUUGUUGUUGUUAAACUGUAAAAACAAGCAAUUCAGGUCAUUUGAGGUUGAAGGGAUAGUCUGAUUUUUAGAAGUAGGGUUGAAUGAGGUGCCUGUCAAUAGGAAAUGUUGUGUCUCUGGAUGUUGAGGGAUGCAGAUUGCAGCCGUAUGUGAACCGCUGGUAUCCUCUGAUUUAGAAAGAGCCUGAAGUACUGUUGUUACCAAGUCUCACUUGUGACACCAAGUAAUUUUCUCGUGGGCGUGGGCUUGCAAUUUACACAUCUGUACCUCCCGGUCAUUUGGGAUCUCUCACUCUUUCAGUUAGCAAUAAGGUUUCUCUCCUCUCUUCUUGUAUUCUUUGAGUCACUGAAAAAGUUCCAGAUAGAGCGUAAACUUAUACAGGGAACAGUUCUUUGGUUGGAGUUUGUUAAGAUUAGCUAAAUUACGUCUGCAGCGGUUGAUAGCCUAACUUCCAUUCUGGUUCUCAGGCUGCUUUCUCAACAAAGAGGCCGAGCUGCCCUGCGUGUCCUGUGGGUAAUACACUUAUGUAUUGACAAAUACCUCAAACAAACAUGCUAAAAAAAUCAUACUAUCCCUUUAAGGUUAUAUAAAGUUUUUUAUUUACAGAUACUGAGAGAGACAUGACAUUUAAAAGCUUCAGCUUUACUUAAAGAAACCAGUUUUACUUUUCUUCUUUUGUGUCUUCAUGUUUUAUUUCCUCCAAGGCUAACGCACUUCCAUCAUUAUGUACGUAAUAUGAUGCUGUCAUUACUUCUGCUCCUCCUGAGGCCUUUCAGUGAGUGUGAUUUACACUGUGUAUGAGUGGAAUGCACUAAAUAAUAAGUUAUUUUCUUUUCCGCUCUUCGAAUAAAUGGCAGGAAUUAACAAGUUGUAAAAGCCUCUUAGCAUAGCCAACAAGCAACAACUCAGAUCAGCUCGGUGUGAUUAUAUGUUCUCACACUCACUGAAUUUUUUUUGUGUUUUGAGUUUUUUAAUUUUGUGAACAGUCUUAAAUAUAUUUUCCUUUGUUUUUUGGUUUUAAACCCCCGAAGAAGUCAAAGAGCUUUCAUAAACGUAUCCAGGGCAUCACUUGUUUAUUAAACACGUACAGAAUGAACUUAACAAAGUGACUGUACAUUAGAAACUGAAGAGCUAGAAGAGAAGUCACAUGAUCUUACUCUGUUUAAAAUGCACUCUCAUGUGAAAUGUUACAACAAAACACUAUUAGCCCCAACCAUAACUGCAUUAUUUAUUUUAUUUCUUCCUUUUUUAAUCUGUAUUUUUGUCUAAAAGUGUCAUAUGGUGAAUAAAACAAUCUGUUAAACAUCUGAUACGUAUAAUUUGAAUAUUUUUUAAGGGAAUGAAGCACAAUUUUGUGAAGUUUUGAGCUUUUUACGUGAACUUAGCUGUAUAUAAUGAUGACAUCACAUGUUUGGGGAGAUCUUUUAGUCAAAUAAAGGCCUGAAAUUUUCAUCCCCUCAUAUUUGAUUUUAACAACAUGUGUCAGCGCGUAUUUGUAUAUAAAAAGAUACUAAAAUAUGUCUUGUAAGUGUAUUCUAUGAAUGAAAAAUAAACCCAACAGCAAAUACA